GACACAUCACCAUCGUCAACUACCUCCUCAACUACUACCCCGCGCUCGAGGUGGACAAACGGGACCCCCGGGGCCUGACGGCGCUGAUGAAGGCUGCGGUGCAGGGGCGGCAGGACUGCGUGGCUGCCCUGCUCCUGGCCGGAGCAGACCUGCGAGCUGUGGAUGCCGUCAAGGGGAAG